GGCGCAUUUAUAAGACAGAGUUCCGCGUGAAUCCUCAGUGCGAUAUAUCGUUGUCAACACCUUGCAUCACGUUACGUUUCGGAAGGGAGACGCAAGGUCGUUAAUUUAUCUCAGUAAUUGAAAAUAUCCUGAGCAGCCCACUCGAGCAUAAUUCUUUAUCAGAAGCGGUACCGAUUAAAGGCAAACACGUUGGAAUUAAAGUUGUUAAAGUGCCGAAUUAGAUGCCAGACUGUGACGAAGAUCUUCAUCUUUUAAUGUCUUUCUAAUCACAAAGUGUUGAGGUUUGAGCCUCACUGAAUGAUAUCCAACAACUAAAUUCUUCACACGCAAACAGCCGUUGGAUAGCUUCAAGUUCGUUGCUCGAUUCAUUCGAGCAGUCGCUCAAUUAGUGAUUCAAGUGAUCGAGAAAGACGCCUUUUAUACGACUUGCCAGGUAACGAAUAUUAAUCGGCGAAUAUUAAUUCUCGUCGAAGAAUGAGGGGAUCGUGGGUGAUCCUGUUCGUCCUGACGAUCGUAACUGUCCAUUCGCCGGCGGAGGGGAGGAUACUCGCGCAAUGCGAGGCCGUGAGGGAGCUGGAGCGUGCUAAGAUCAGCAAGACCUUAAUCAGCAACUGGGUCUGUCUGAUGCAAAGCGAAAGUGGGAUGAACACGGCGCUAGUGACUGGCCCAAAGACAGCCUCCAGCUAUUCGCAUGGUAUCCUUCAGAUUAACAGUGCCAAGUGGUGCACCAGGGGACGCACAGGUGGCAUUUGUAAUAAACGCUGCGAGGACUUCUUGAACGACGACAUACAGGAUGACAUCGCGUGCGCCAAGAAGAUCUUCGAUCGGGACGGUUUCAAGGCGUGGGACGGGUGGAUGAAGAAAUGCAAGAACAAACCGCUGCCCAAUCUCGCGCACUGCACACGGAGGAGAAGAAUGGCAACCGAGAUCGAAACGGCCGAGGUCGAAGCCGAUCCGAUCCUGUAGUGAUAUUGUCGUUUGACAUAUUGACUACAAUCGAUACGAGAGACUCGAAUUUUGCUCUUAAUUUUACUUCCGUAAAAUCUUUGCAUCUCUUAUAAUUUUUCACGAAUUAAAUUUCACACGAAUUAGAAAGCUAAUUACAAGCUUACGUAAUCGAGCCCAUCAGAUAAUUGCAUUCGACAGAUUGUUUCCGUUAAAGGAUUCUUCUAACUGCGCGCGCCGUACUCGCGACGUACGCAAUACGUUGCACAAACAAAGUACACCGGUGUGCUUUAUGAAUAUGGAUAUAAACCGAUUGGAUCGACGCCACUUAUGACGCAAGACCUGCAUGACCGUCUUAAACUUAUGUUGCACGGCUUGGCAGACGACACUAUGCGAAAUGGUUUAGAAAUUUCACCUGUUAGAAUCGCAAAACCGUACGUGAUGAGAUUUCGCCGAUGUCUUCCCCAUUUCAUCUCUUUAUACUCGCAUUGCGUGUGUGACAUUUAAGAAGAUCGUCUUUGCCCCCAACCCGUGGAAUGUCGUAUCUGCGAAAUUCAGAAGUAAAAUGUAAAAUGCAUAAACCUUGUGUAACUAAAUGUCUCUGUGUAAAAGCGAAGAAGUAAGCUUUUAAAAUUUUCUCAAAAAGAGUAAUAUCAAAAUGUUGCAAGCCAGUAAUUUUGUGCCAUAAAAUAUAGUUUAGAACUGAAAUAUAAUAUAGAUUUUAAACUAGAUAAUAUACAAAGUUAUAUAAAUUGAGA